AUGGCAGGCCAGGACCAGGACAGGGACAAUGUGCCCGAGGCUACUGCCGGGGCCAUGCCUGAGGGCACCAUCGACCCCAAACAAUGGUGGCAUCAUCCAAACUUGCGAACGAUGAACCUUCUCAUGUUCUUUCCGCUCCUCUCGAUCUUCACUUUAGGAUUCGACGGCUCUAUGAUGAACGGUCUCCAGGCAGUUGAAGGAUGGCGCUCGUAUUUCGGCGAGCCUAGGGGUGCUACUCUGGGUCUUUUUAACGGUGCCUACCCUAUAGGGGGUCUCAUUGCAGUGCCAUUCAUCUCCACACUCAAUGACCACCUCGGACGACGUUGGGGUAUCGUCACUGGGGCUGUUAUCUGCAUUAUUGGAGCUGCGCUUCAAGGUGCUGCCCAAAACCUUUCCAUGUUCGUGGUUUCCCGUGGCAUCAUUGGCGCUGGGGCAGUGCUUCUCCAGGCAUCCGGGGGCCCUCUUGUUGCUGAGAUUGCGCAUCCUAAGCAGCGCGCUACUGCAACUGCAAUGUUCAAUACAUCAUAUGCUCUAGGCUCUAUUGUCGCUGCUUGGACAACAUUUGGCUCGUUUAGGAUCAACAACACCUGGUCCUGGCGGGUGCCCUCACUUCUCCAAGGCCUUCCUUCAUUGAUACAGCUAGUCGGUAUUCUUUUUGUCCCCGAGAGCCCUCGUUGGCUGAUUUCUCGCGGGCGUGAGCAGGACGCACUGAGAAUGCUGGCCAAGUACCAUGCCGAGGGCAAUGAGAACGAUCCGCUUGUUCAGUUCGAAUACCAGGAAAUACGACAGGCUAUGACAAUUGAGAGGAUGAAUGAGGACGGCAAUAUCUUCAAAAAAUACUGGGAGUUUAUGCGGACCCCCGGGAAUCGAAAGCGCUUCUUCAUUCUUACAUGGUGUGCUUGCAUCAGUCAAAUGUCGGGCAACGCUUUCAUCUCAUAUUACCUCUCCCCCAUCCUAGCUCAAGUCGGUCUCACCUCGAGCUUGCAACAGACCCUCAUCAACGCAACAUCACAGAUGCUAUCCUGGUUUUCGUCACUAUAUUUUGCCACACUCCCAGCUCGAGUAGGUCGACGAAAGCUCUUCCUUGCUGCCCUUGUCCUUGUCUUCUUCUGCCUUAUCGCAAUUACAGCAGGUAGCGGCGUCUUCGACAGCGACUCUAGCAACCGUUCCGCUGGCAUCGCUGUAGUUGCCUUCGUUUACCUCUUUUCUCCAGCAUACAACCUUGGUCUAGCACCUAACCUUGGGCUGUAUAUCACGGAAAUCGUGCCUUUCAACCUCCGUCUUCGUGGUAUGGCGGUAUUUCAGUUCUGGAAUCUUGGUUUUAUUCUUUUCUCAACGUUCGCUAUCCCGGUGGGGCUGGAUGCUAUAGGUUGGAGGCUGUUCUGCAUAUUCGUUGGAUGGCUGGUUGUUGAAUUCGCUGUGGUGUGGUGGACUUUUCCAGAGACCAAGGGACCUACUCUGGAGGAGAUUGCUGUCAUCUUUGAUGGGCCCAGUGCAGCUCAUGGUGGGGGAAAGGAUAUAGAUCUGGAGACGCAGGGUGGAAACAAACGUGAUCAUGCUCCAUCUGUUGAGCAUAGGAAUUAG